AGGAUUUUGUCACAAACUAUUUCCUUUAUUUUCCGAGCAGAGCGAAGUUUCCAAAAACUUGCAUCACAGUAAGAGGUCGGACCGCAGCGCAGGUCGAUCCUUUCAGAUAACCUGAUUUUGACAUGUCGAUGCCUGUCUUUGUUGCGAAAUAAUGGAGCAGUAUCGGACGCGGUUUGAUAAGAUGACAGAUGAGAGGAUUUCACGAUGCAUGUACUGUUUGUUUUGGUGCACUGUUUGAAUUAUUGAUUCAGGAAUAAAUUGUAACGAAAAGAAGGGGGCGGUCAGCAAACGGAUCCGAUAACGUGUGUUAUUGAUGUAUUUGAAAUGAAUACAUUACUAUGUACGCGCUUCAACGAAACAGGUGGUGAUGCUGAACAGUUCAUCUGAAGGAACCAGCCAAAAUGGAUAUGUGAAAAAAUCACCAUUUGCAUUUAUUUCAAAUUUAUUUAAAAAAAAGAAAAAUCGUGGUUCAAGAAAUGAUGUGAAGUUCAAGGACUGUGCUUUUGGGGCAAUGGAAGGUGGAUCAGGAUGUCCAUCAACUUCCCCAAAGUACAAAAAUACUAACUAUGUACCAAGAGUACCAUCAACCCUCUCUGUAAAUGCUGUGGAUGUCAUGGUACAAACAACAUGCUGCCCCUCUUCACCAACUGUUUCCACAAUCACUCUUACCCCUGGUCGUACAAGGGAUAUAGACCAAGACAUGGCUGCCCUCAGGCUCUCGCGACAAGAUAAUCCUUUCUUACAGGUACUUGCCAGCAGAGAAAGUUUGGUGGAUAGUGUAGAAGAAUCAGAAUCUGAUGAUGCUAACUUAAUGUCACAGGAGUUUCCAGCAGACUUGGAUGUAGAUCCUCUAACAUUGCCAGAAAUUCAUGAACACAUGAUACGUAGCCCUCCACCAGUGUCCUGGCCAAAGUCACCAAAUUUUAAAGUCUUUCGCUUCCCCUUGCAGUCAAGUGAUGAUGAAUCUAGUCAGGACAGUUUAACACACAAUGGGAAGAAAACUCCAUUGAAAUUGAUCUCACCUCGUCAUUCAAGGGGGCAUUCAAGUGAUUGCCUCAAAGAAUUGUCUGCAGAAGCACUAAGUUCCUGUCAAGUUCCAACUCCAACUAAGUUGGGAUCUUCACCUCAUCAACACCGUUCCUCCAGUGAAACACGUGAACGUAGCCCAAAACCUUUCCUGUUGCUCAAUCCUGAAGUGCGUCGGUUGAGUACAAGAAGCUCUGAUGACAAUGUUCAACUAGUUUCAAAGAAUGACGAGUAUGAAAGACGCUCUGAUAUGGACAUAACCCCUAAUUUACCGCUCCUAUUAGCAAAGCGAUCAUCAUAAUGUUACAAGUGCAUCAUAUGUUCAUUAAUUAGAAUAGUUUUAAUACCCACUAGUCAUUAAUCGAAUAAUCGAAGCCCAUUCUCUGAUACAUUGAUUUACAUUGACAUUUUGUUAAUGUUUUCUGUAAUUAAUGUACGUAUUUUAUAUUGUACCUGUGAGUAAUUAUUCACCAAAAUGUGACCAUUAACUAUGAACAGUUGUGUUAUCUUACCUUAGGAUCCUGUUGCAUAUGUGUGCUCCCUCUUUUUUUUUAAAUAUGUAAUUACUGUAUAGGUAGUUUCUUUAUCAUUGUUAGUGAUCUCAAUAUUUAUAAAAGAUAGUGAGCAUAAUACCAAUGAAUGAGCAUCUGAACGAUGUGCUCCACUGUGUUGGAUUCUAGUCAUAUAUUACAUGACUGUAGGUUUCCUAAAACCAAAACUAUAUUCACAGUCAUAUUUGAACCACCCUUAAAAUUUACAUAAUUAUUUCAUGAUCUGGGGAAGGGGGGUGGUGGGAAGAAAUAAGAGACUGUAUAUUUAUACUUAAUACAGUUUUAAGGGCAGUUUGUAUUGAAGUAUUGGUUAAUUUCUUUUUUAAGACAGUUGUUAGUUGUAUCAUUUACUUAGAACCACUAUUUUUUUUUUUUUUUUGAAUGUGGAAUAAUGUUGGAUUUCCUUUCCUGUUCAUGGUGUAUUACAGUUGUCCUCCGCAUAUACUUUAGCGAAGACAGUUUCAUUUGUCCUUAUUUUUGCAAUAUAUCACACACACACACACACACACACACACACACACACACACACACACAUUAUUAUUAUUAUUAUUAUUUCAUCUGGGGUACAUUUGUACUCUGAUUUUUCCUUUUCUUCUCUCACUUUGUACUUUGUAUAAUUCAUUUGUUCAGAUACUGAGAAUACAAAUGAAGCACUGCUAUUCUUCUCUGUUGCUGUACCAGUGUUCCACACCACCAAAUUUGUUACUUAAUCCAUUGAUCUUGCACCUCACUUUUCCUAUUUUUAAUGUAAUCACAUAUACAUACUUUUUUAAAAUUUGUCUUCCUUCAUAAAAUGCUUUAGUUAUCUUUGACCUGAGUGUGGAUGUGUACUAAGAAUCAUUAUUUAGUUUCAUUUUACUUCUUUAAAAAUGGUAUUGGAGCUUUUGUUAAUCUGAAACUCUGCAGAAUCUUUGACCUACAGAGUUGACAUGUUAACAAAAAUUCCAUUCCUCCCAUCAUGUGUCAGUGACUCCCAAUAGCUUUCCUUAUCGCCAUUUUGUCCUUCAUUGUUGAAACUAUUGGCCAAGUGUGUAUUCCAGUGUACGCCACAGAUUUAUUUUUGUUAUUAAAAUAAUAUAUGAAUCAUGAGCUUUGUUGAAAAUUGAGUUAGGUGGUAUGAUAGCAUCAGAUUAAGCUUAUUGCCCUGAAAGCUUCAAAAUAUCACCAUACUUUGCUUGAUUCCAAAUAGUUUGUUGUUGACUUAACUACUUUUUGACCUACAUCCCAUGUCACAUACACCCUGCACAGUAACUAAUAUACUAGGAGAAAAAUGUUGAAUUGUGUGCUCACUUGUUCAGUCAUGUUAAAGUUAGAUGGAUAGGUAGAAUCACUUAAACUUGAGCUGAAGGAAUAUUUGUGAAUUACUAUAAUUGAGAAUGUAUGGUUAUACUUGACAGCACAAAACGGCCAACAGGAAGUGUGGUCGUCAGAAAAAUGUGAUCCUAGAGAUUAAUAAUAAUUAAGAACAUUGACUUAUAAGAUGUAUAGUUCACAGAAGCUCACAAUGAUUCGGCAAGGAUUCUGGAAAUGUGAAAUUAUUGCAUGUUUUAUGUGUUGUUGUUGAAUUAAUUUGGAUUUUAAAUUUGUCAUAUUGUGUGGUAGUGGGCUUGCAAUGUUCCAAAGGGGAAAGGUUCAUUAUUGGCUGUUCUUAUAGAUUGUUCAAAACUGUUAUGAACCAGUUGUUAAGCAAAGCCCUUGUUUCUGUGAAACGUUUGUUUUAAUGCUGACCACUGAUGUCGUUCAAAGCAGGAUUCAAUUUCAGAUCUGCUCUGGAAAAGUUUCUGUUUUUACUAAAUUGGUUGUGACAAGUUGCUUAUGGCCUUUGCGUUUUGUAUGCCAUAUUAUUUCUCUCCUGUUUUCAGUUCCAAAUGAUAAUUUGAGCAGACACACAUUUUUGAGAUAUUGAAACAUUGAUACUGUGAAAAUAUUUUUUUGAAAAUUGCCAGUGAUGUUUGAAUUGCAACAUCCUCACAGUUUGUAGUAGAUUUUAAGGAAUAGUAGUGCCUUCUGAAAGCUGCUUAUACGAAAUAUUUGGAGCUUAGCAACAACUAUUCUCUGUAUUACAGCAUGUUAUUUACAGAACUGAUAUUCAGUGUGUGUGUGUAUGUUCACAAUAAAACAUAAAUUCAGAUUUAUUACUCCUAAGAUGAAUCAGUGCUGGCUACAUUUAGAGAUUUACUGGUGUUUGAGAUAGUAUAUAAAAGUUAUCUGUGGAUUGCAAUACUGAAGAUUCCAUAAAUUCAGUUGUUAGACCUGUUGAAUCUCAGAAAGAUAUAAAAUGUAACUUGAGAAGUGUUUGAAGUGUCAGUGACAAAAUUUCACUCUUUAUGGAAACUCUAGAUUUUUAAAGGGUUUUGAAAUGGGGGAUGCUUGUUCAUAUAUUAUAUGGAUGUUUGUAGGGUACAUAGUUUAGUACAAGCUAUUCAGUAAUCAGUCAUUACAAGCAGAAGAUUGGUGUUAAUACUUAUUACAGUGUUAAAAAAAUUUAGCUUAUGCAGCUCAUAACAGUCCAUGUUUUUACCAGUACGAGAUCAGGUGACUUCCAUUAUAUUUCCAUUGUGGUUUGUACCCUUUAUGCUUGGGAUAAGGAAGGAUCAUCUGUGCAAGAACUGAAUUACCCCCUUGAUACUUUAGCCGAAAAUGGAUUCCAUUGAUGCUUUUUAAGAGAGUGAAGUUCAGUUACUGGAAGAUUGUCAGGGUACCAUUUCCUUUCAUGGUGUGCUUAGGAUUUGCAUUAAUCAGGCACCCUUUCCUCCCUUUCCUUGUCUCUCUCUACUUUAUUUAUGAGUACAGUGGCCUACAUGUAUCUUUCAGGAAGAAAAAUUUGGUUUCUUUAUUAUCGUUUAUCCUCAAUAAUGGAAAUCAUUGUAGCAG